AUGGAGAAGACCGAGCUGAUCCAGACAGCCAAGCUGACCAAGCAGGCUGAGCGCUACGAUGACAUGGCCACCUGCAUGAAAGCCAGGACGGAGCAGGGCGCCGAGCUGUCCAAUGAGGAGCACAACCUGCUGUCGGUGGCCUACAAGAACGUGGUCGGGGGCCGCAGGUCCGCCUGGCUGAUCAUCUUAAGCAUGGAGCAGAAGACCGACACCUCCGAAAAGAAGUUGCCGCUGAUCAAGGACUAUCGGGAGAAAGUGGAGUCGGAGCUGAGGUCCAUCUGCACCACGGUCCUGGAAUUGUUGGAUAAGUAUUUAAUAGCCAAAGCAACUAAUCCAGAGAGUAAGGUCUAUCUGAAAAUGAAGGGAGAUUAUUUCUGGUAUCUUGCUGAAGUAGCUUGUGGUGAUGAUGGAAAACAAACGAUAGAUAAUUUCCAAGGAGCCUCCCAAGAGGCAUUUGAUAUAAGUAAGAAAGAGACGCAACCCACACAUUCAACCUGCCUGGGGCUAGUGGCUCUUAACUUUUCUGCAUUUUACUAUGAGAUCCUUAAUAAUCCAGAGCUCGCCUGUACCCUGGCUAAAAUGGCUUUUGAUGAGGCCACUGCAGAGCUCGACACACUAAACGAAGACUACUACAAAGACAGCACCCUCAUCACGCAGUUGCUUAGAGACAACUUAACAUUAUGGACUUCAGACAGUGCAGGCGAUGAAUGUGAUGGGGGGGGGGCGUGA